GUCUUCGGCAUUAACAAAACGACGCUCAUUUCCCGAAUCACUCUUCAAAAGCGUACACUAUUUUUUUUGCGCGCGGUACCUGAAAUACAUGAUACCAUUCGUUUCCCCCAACGGAACGUAAAAGAAUUUCAUUCAGUUAAAUUAAUCAAGUUACAAAGCUUAUUCAUCCCACCGCUUCUCACCUCUUCAGCGAUUCAAGCAACUUACCGAAAAUGGAUGUUGAAAAAGCUGUUCUUGGUACUGUAGACUACAUCCUUUUUGCUCUUAUGUUGCUAAUAUCAGCGGGAAUAGGCAUUUACUUCCGUUUCUCUGGUGGGAAACAAAAGACUACCGAUGAAUAUCUCUUGGCUGGUAAAGACAUGUCCAUCCUUCCAGUGGCAUUUUCACUCAUGGCGUCUUUCUUGUCGGCCAUCACAGUUAUCGGAAUGCCAGCAGAAAUGUAUCGCUUUGGUUUAUAUCUAGCAUACAUGAACAUAGGAUUUGCAGUUGGAACAGUUGUAUCAUCCUAUGUAUCUAUACCUGUGUUUUUCGAGAUGCAAGCCUCAACUGCGUAUGAGUAUUUAGAGAGGAGAUUUGGGAAAUUUGCUCGAACGUUCUGCUCAUUAGCUUUCGUUGUACAAAUGAUUCUUUAUAUGUCUGUGGUAUUGUAUGCACCAGCUCUUGCCUUGAGUGCCGUCACAAAUCUUUCCACGUGGUUGUCGGUAAUCUCUAUUGGAGUGGUCUGCACAUUUUACUGUACAUUGGGUGGAAUGAAAGCUGUUCUUUGGACGGACGUAUUCCAGGCCUUGCUCAUGUUCUUGGGCAUCUUUGCUGUCCUCAUCAAAGGUAUCAUUGAUUUGGGAGGUAUCAACAACGUGUACAGAAUCGCAAAUGAGGGAGGUCGUUUGACGAUACCCGGCUUUGAAGUUGACCCGGAAGUUCGUUAUACUGUGUGGAACCUUAUGAUACAAGGUAUCAUUCUGUCUAUGUCAGCUUUUGGUGGCAAUCAAGUGCAAAUACAAAGAUUACUUACAGUCAAAAAUUUAUCUCGGUCUCGCACAGCCUUGUAUGUGAGUAUACCCAUGGGAGUUUCAUUCCACCUUUUAAACUGCUUAGCCGGUAUUGUCAUUUAUGCAAACUUUUACAACUGUGAUCCAAUGACGGCUCCGAAUAAGCCAAUAUCCUCAGCUGAUCAGCUGAUGCCUUAUUACAUUAUGUCUGCUCUCGGACAAUAUCCAGGAUUACCUGGAGUAUGUAUCUGCGGUAUUUUCAGUGCAUCUCUUAGUACAGUCUCGUCUGCCGUGAACUCAUUAGCAGCUGUGACAAUGGAGGAUUUAGUGCGACCUUUCUUCGUUGCCAGAGGCUACUCUCAAAAGAAGAUGGCCUUCAGUGCCAAAGCUAUAACGCUUUUCUACGGAUUUCUUUGCGUGUUACUGACAUUUUUGGUUGCGACGUUUGGAAACUUAGUUCAGGCAUCUUUGACAGUCUUUGGCAUGCUUGGAGGGCCUGUUUUGGCUAUCUUUCUUCUAGGAAUGUUGACCGAAAGGUGCAACGAAAAGGGUGCUGUCAUCGGUCUUGUCUCUUCUAUUGCAAUUGCUGCGUGGGUAAGCUUUGGAUCAUCAGCUGCGGCCCCACCGCCGCACGUCCUACCAGUCUCCACCGAAGGAUGCUUCUUUCCAAAUUCAUCCGUACCACAGAAUUCAUUCCUUCUUAAUGUCACUUCUCCAUUAGCCAUCGUUCAGAAUUCGGCUGCCCCAAUCAUGAAUUCGACAGAAUCAUCAGUGAUAGAGACAUCUUAUGAGAACAUAUUUCCGUUGUACAGAAUAUCAUACAUGUGGUUCGCACCGAUCGGAUUCUUCUCUGCUGUAAUCAUAGGUUAUGUAGCAAGUAUAAUUAUUAAUCUCAUUAACGGAGAGACAAAGGAAGUGCCAGAAGAAUUACUCAGUCCUGUUUUAAAGUUUUUUCUAAGCAAACCGCCUAAGUCUUCAGAAAAGAAUGAUAUCCAGAUAUCAGGACCAAUGGAGCUCCAGUCUCAGAAUCCAUCAGUGACUGUCUUAAAAUCGAAAGAAAACGAACGCUUUUAAGGUUCAUAUUGCAUUAUCACCUAGUACUUGAGAUUUCAACAUUGUUUAAGAAGAAAUGUGUGAACUGAUUUGCGUGUCUUGGCUAUACGAGCGAAUUUUAUGAAACCGUAACUUGGAGAGCAGAUGUCUUCUUUCCGAGUUGUAUGGUUUCGAGUGGUAUGUUUCGUUAUGCUGAAUUGUUUCAUCCAGGGAAUGAUUGUUCAUAUCAAAUAAUGAUGAACAUUACCAUCUUUGUAAAUAUAAAGAAUCAAUCAUUAAUUAUGCUUGUCAAGUAUAAGGACUGUUAUGCAUUAUACAAUCACACUGAAAUUACAGUAAACUUUUGAUUUUCGGGAUACAAAGAAUGAUGACUCUAGGAAACAUUUCUUUCUGAAGACUAAAGAAAGCUAAUGUUGAUAAGUGUAGCUAAAUCAUAAGAACUAUAACCGAAAUCAUUGAAAGAAAGGUUUUAUUGUUGACGCCUCUAUAGUUAUUCAUAUUUAAACAACAAGGUAUAUAAUUAAGGCAAAUUAUCACUAGCAAUGCCAUGGGAACAACACGUUUGAGUUAAUUUGUAAGUAACGUUAUUUCUUAUGUUUAUUGCCUGUGAUAUCAAAAGCAUACUGCAUUUUAUAUUUUCAUAAGAAUUCCAAUGCUGUUCGAUCAAAGUGAGAAAAAAAUCAGGAUCUUCUCUUUAAAGGACAACAUGUGCCGAAGAAGUUUCUCGAGAAAGAUAAACGUGACACUUUCAGCGCAAACUUUACACUUCCAGCGAGAAAACACGCUUUCGUCGUUUAUUUUUUCGACUAUGAUGAAGUUUUUAUUAAAUUAAGAGAAAUGUAUCUUAGUUAUUUAACGAAAGAAAGAAAUAGAAUGAAGCGUGCUUUAAAAAACAAUUAUUGGCAAUAUUUACUUACAAGAACAAGAACACUUAUGAGAGAUAAGAGCGCAUUUAAUUUAACGGAGGCUAAUAAGCAACGUUGCUGUUAUAUAUCUUUCUAUAGAAAAUUGUUUAGAACGUGUUGCCCUGUAACAGAAAACAUCCGAAAUGCAUGUCAUAGCUUUUGUGUUCAACAAUUUGUCAAAUUUUAUAUCAUUUGACACAGAUAAUAAUAAAUUUUAUAUUUUUGAAUU